UAAAAACCCUAAAGACAGAAAAACGCCAUAUAAAAGUGAUAAGAAGGGUGGAAGCUAGGGUUAGUCGUGCGCCUGCCUUGUACGUAGUAACAGUAGCGGGAAAGAGAGAAGCCUCACCGCCGCCGCCGCAGCCGCAGCCACCAUGGGUCGUAUGCACAGUCGCGGUAAGGGUAUUUCAGCCUCAGCUCUGCCUUACAAGAGGACCCCGCCAAGCUGGCUCAAGAUCUCGUCUCAAGAUGUUGAGGAAAACAUUUGCAAGUUCGCAAAGAAGGGCUUGACCCCAUCUCAGAUUGGUGUCAUUCUCCGUGAUUCUCAUGGUAUUGCUCAAGUUAGGAGCGUUACUGGCAGCAAGAUCUUGCGUAUCCUCAAGGCUCACGGUCUGGCCCCUGAAAUUCCGGAGGAUUUGUAUCACCUUAUCAAGAAGGCGGUUGCCAUCCGCAAGCAUUUGGAGAGAAACAGGAAGGAUAAGGAUUCCAAGUUCAGGUUGAUCCUUGUUGAGAGCCGGAUUCACAGGCUUGCUCGCUACUACAAGAAAACAAAGAAGCUUCCCCCUGUCUGGAAAUACGAAUCUACAACAGCCAGCACUCUCGUUGCUUAAGCUAGGCAUGUGGGGUGGUGCAAUUUUGAGGGAAUCCGGGUUCGAUGUGGAUGCUACGGUGGAAGCUAGAUUGUGUUUUGUUGUUCUAGUGAGAUGUCCUGCUAUAAGACUUAAAUUAUAGCUGUUAAAAUUUUUGUUAUGUUUGGAAAAGGAAGUCGAAAACUUGUUUUACUUAUGAGAUUCUACUUGUUAUCUUUUCGUCCAUUUGAAAUUUUAAGCAAGAAAUCUUUGAAUUUUGAAA